UGUUAUGUCAAAUAGGAAUAAAUAUAACCUCGAAUAGUCACGAUAUCGUUAUGAAAAUAUUUAUAUAAUGUACCAAAUAUCGCGUUAUUUAACAUAACUAUUGUUAAAUUAACAUACAUACAUGGAUACAGCGAUGGUUAUAUCUUUAGUUUCUAAUGAAGAAAACUGUUAAAAACGAAAAUGGAUUUUCUCGUGGGAGGCCUGGCGGGCGUUGGCGCAGGCUUUUUUAGCAAUCCAUUUGAUGUGGUGAAAACGCGUAUGCAGUUGCAAGGAGAGCUUCGGGCACGCGGACAACAUAAUGUGUAUUAUAAAAACGUUCCACAUGCGAUUUAUACAAUUAUCAAACAUGAUGGAGUGGCUUCGUUACAAAAAGGAUUAGUGCCAGCUCUUUGGUUUCAAUUAGUUGUCAAUGGAGUGCGGUUAGGUAUAUACCAACAUGCCGAUGAUUAUGGUUUGCUAAGAGAUGAAUUGAACAAUACAAAGUUUAUAAACAGUAUGUUCUUUGGGUCCUUAGCGGGGAUGGUGGGAGCAUUCUUUGGUAGUCCGUUGCAACUGGUUAAGACACAAUUAAUGUCAUAUUCUUCGGAGAAAAUAGCUGUGGGCACACAGCAUGCGCACAGUGGUAUGACAUAUGCAAUAAUGAAGAUAUAUAAAAAGAACGGCUUGUCAGGUUUAUUCAGAGGAGCACAUGGGAUGAUGAUAAGAAAUUCCAUUGGUUCAGCAUCACAAAUUGCAUCCUUUUCUAUAAGCAAAGAAUGGAUGGACAAUAAUAAUUUAUUCCAGCAAUCAAAAUAUUUGUCAGCUUUUAUAGCUGGUAACAUUGGCGCAAUCAUGAAGACUGUCACACUCACUCCUAUGGAUGUAAUAAUGACGCGACUCUACAACCAAGCCGUGGACGUCAAUGGUCGUGGUCUUCUUUAUACCGGUAUACUGGAUUGCGCGCGUAAAAUAACUAAAACGGAAGGUCUUUUAGCGUUUUACAAAGGAAUCGGUCCCUCGUACCUCAGGCAGGCGCCACAUUCCGUCCUGCUUCUGGUCUUCUGGGAUAUGUUGAAAGAUUUUGAAAAACAUUUAGGCUUGAAAAAAUUAAAUGCAUAACCUUCAUCAAAUGAAUAUGAAAUAAUUUAUUUUAAUGUUAAUACUUAUUUACCAUAUUUGAGUUAUAGAAAUAUGUACAAAAUAACCAAAGAUCUUAUUACCCCUUAUGGGCUCCCACUGUGGGAACAUCUCUUUAGUAUGUUUCAAAUGUCAAAUAUGUGUUUUGUCAGUGAAAGCAAAGUCCUAUAACUAUACAUGUUAAAUAGCAGUCUCAGUAUUACGUAUUUGUGAUCUUAUCAUUACAUUAUGUGUAUUUUAUUUACUUUGAAUAUAAGAUAAAUCCAAUCAAGGCCAGAACAUUAUUUAAGAAUCAAGAUAACAAUUGUCUUAUAAGUGGUAAAACGGUAUGAAGGCAGUAACCUUGAAUUUUCUACGAAACUCAUAAGAAUAUAGUUGUCUCUUUUUUUCUCUUUGUAGAAAUAGAGAUGACAAUACAUGUUUUGUUGUUUAAUUUUGAUAGUUGUUUACAAUGGCUUUGGUUUAAGUAUGGAAUUGUCAUUUAAAUCGAUAGUUGUAGAAAUACUGAUUUAUUGUAAACACAGCUUAGAGUAGAAUAAAUUACAUGUAUAGAAUUUUGCCUGUCUACUUAAGAAAUAAAUUGUCUAUAAUGUUUAGUUAACCUAAUAGUGCAGUUUAGUAGGCUAACAUUAGCUUUAGUAGAAAAUUCCAGCAAUAAGUUUGUGGAAAUCUACUAGGUACAUUUCGUUUAUUUUUUUAUUUUCUCGUUACGUUUAAAUGUAUUUAUGAAAAUGUGAAUAGAAUUAGAUUGUUUGUUGAUUAUUGUUUAAGAAAAAUAAACUGUUUUAAAAUA